AUGAUUGUGAAUAAUCGAGAACUCGGAUUUCAUGAUGACGGCGAAAUUUCGAUUGUUCAAUCAUAUCCAGUAUUUAUCUAUUUGAUAACACAGAUUUUACCAAUAAUUGUAUACUUUUGUCCUCAUAUUCAAAUAUAUUCUAACGAUAUCAGUUAUAUAUUCUUUUUAAUUCUCGAAGUUAUCGAAUUUAUUCUAGUUAAGAAUGAAAUCGGCUUUGAACUUAUUGGAAUUAAAUGGUUUUUCGAUCCAAGCUCAGAUGAAAUCUUACAAUUUUCAAAUAGAUCAGCUCCAUAUGUACCAAAAGUUUUCGAAUCGAAUGUGUUCUGGAUUGCAUUCUUUAUUGAAAUUGCUCUUUGGAUAAUGACAAUUAUUGGAACAAUUGCUCAGAAGACUCUCUACGGAUUUAUCAUUACAUUCUUAGUACUCGGCUUGUAUGUUACUAAUCUUCUUAUCUUUAUGCGCGGUCAAUCAAAAGCUCUUAAGGAAGCAACUGAUUAUACACGAAAUACCUUACUUACAGAACAAGUAGAGUUUGCUAAGGUUGCAGAAAAUGAUGAAAUCAUCGAUAAUAUAUCGAAUGAAGAUUCAUAUGAAGAAUCUGCAUAA